AAAUAAAGGGAAAGGAAAAUUAGAAGAGGAAAGCCGAAGUUAUACGCUUUUUUUUUUCCUCUUCUUCAAUUUGGUGCGACAAAAAACAAUCUUCUUCUUGCUUUUCUCUUCUUAUCUCCUCUGUAGCAAUCCGAUUGUUGAAGAAGAAGAAGAAGAAGAAGAAGAAGAAGAAGAAGAAGAUGCGGCGCUCUGCUACGAGGAAAACCGGUCAACCCAAUUCAACUUCCGUUAAUUCUUCCGCAGUGGAUCUCUUUCGUUCCGCCUCAAGUAGAGCGAGCACAAAAGAGUUGGAACGGAUUGAUAGUCUAUAUUAUUCAUAUGCCAAUAGCUCUUCUGGUUUGAUCGAUCCAGAAGGAAUUGAAACUCUUUGUUCAGACAUGGAAGUGAAUCACACUGAUGUGAGGAUCUUAAUGCUUGCAUGGAAAAUGAAAUCUGAAAAACAAGGAUACUUUAACCUGGAAGAAUGGCGAAGAGGCCUCAAAUCCCUGAGGGCUGACACUGUUAGUAAACUAAAGAAGGCGCUACCAGAUCUGGAGAAAGAGGUAAGGAGGCCAUCAAACUUUGGGGACUUCUAUUCUUAUGCAUUUCAGUAUUGUUUAACAGAGGAGAAGCAAAAGAGUAUUGACAUAGAGAGCAUAUGUGAGUUGCUGGAUCUUGUUUUAGGGUCUCAAUUUCAUUCCCAAGUCAAUGCGUUUGUUGAAUACUUGAAGUUACAAAGUGACUAUAAGGUUAUUAACAUGGAUCAAUGGAUGGGCUUCUUUCGAUUCUGCAAUGAGAUAAGCUAUCCUGACCUGAGCAAUUACGAUUCGGAGCUUGCUUGGCCUUUGAUCCUCGACAAUUUUGUCGAAUGGUUACAUGCAAAACAGAGUUAAAAUCCUGAUGUGUCUUCAUCAUACAAUGUAUUUGAUGUAUACGCCACAGUUGUCGAAGCAAGUAUCUUAUUCUCGUCCCGCUUCAGAUUCUAUAUACGCCAUCAUUUCGAAGGGCUUCGCUUCUAACCACCUAUAUCAACAUUGCUCUUUCUGCAGGCUCAGUUCGAGCACAUUCUGUAGCAGCAGGAUUUUCAGUUAUUAUUCCUUUUUUUUUUUAACUCCUUUGAAAUCGAUGGUAAUUCCCAUUAUGUUAAAGUUAUCAUUUCCAAAUAUUCAUGUGGAUGAUUCUGCAAAAUUGUUAAAGUUGCAUCCAUUCUUCAUCAUUUUGGCAUCCAAUUGACUGAUAUUUUACAGA